UCAACUAUUCUAAGGUUCCUAGCAACAUGGUGAAAACGUGCUGAGUUUGUGUGUUACAUUGUUAAACAUGGAAAUUGUAAAUGGAAUUUUACAAAAGACUGUUCCGGGAAGGCCUAAAUCCAUUACAGUAGAAAAGCAUAUAGAUUUGGAUUACGAUUUGGGAAAUUUGUUAGCGUUGGACGCUAAUGAUGUCACAAACCCACUACUCAAGUCCGAUAGAAACGAAUUUUUCUUGCAAUUAGCGCGUGAUAAUACACAGCUCCUGCUAAAUGAAAUCUGGGAUUUACCUACAGAGAAGGUAGAUGAAGCUCUGAUGGUGAAACUACCAGUUCCAAAAUUAAGGCUGCCAAGGAUGAAGCCCAUACCAAAGCCAAAGCCUCUUACGAAAUGGCAAAAAUUCGCUAAAGAGAAAGGCAUUACUAAAAAGAAAAAGAGCAAGCUCUUGUGGGACGAACAACUCAAAAAGUGGAUUCCAACUUAUGGGUUCAAGCGAACGAGAGCGGAAAGGGAAAAAAAUUGGGUGAUGGAGGUGCCCACCAACUCUGAUCCUAUGGAAGACCAAUUUUCAAAAAAAAUGAACAACAAAAGUGAAAAUGUUGCUAAAAAUGAGCUGCAGAGAUUAAGGAAUAUUGCUAAAGCGAAGAAAGUUAAAGUGCCCCGAGUUGGAGUUUUAAAUGCAGAUGUCUCUUCAGCAAAAGAUUUGCAAGUGGCCGUCACGGUGGCCAAGGCGUCAACAGCAAGUUUGGGACAGUUCCAGAAUAAAUUGCCAAAAGAAAAAGAAGCCAGAGGUGUGUCAGCCAUUACUCCGGGUGCUUCAAGGAAGAGAAAACUCGCACCCAUAUCAGCAGCAUUGGAAAAGGAUGAACAAUUGAUCAUCGUUGACUCUAUUUUGAGUAAAAGACCCAAGUUGGACGUUACGAAGGUUGUUUCAAAACACUCCCCUGUCCCCAGACAGGAAAUGACAGAGACUAGUUCGAGACCAAAAGUGGAAAAAAGGAAAAAACAGAGCUCAUCAAAAUUGAAGAAGAAACCGAAAACUGUAAGGAACCAAAGACAAACUCGAAAAGGUGGCAGAAAGAGACGUUAAAUUUAACAGGCUCCACCUUACACAUCAUGCCGAAGUGGCGGUAAAGGAUAGAUUAUGAUAGCCCCGUUAAACCAUUUAAACUGUAAAUAUAAGUUCGAUUUGUAUAAUUAAACGUUGGAGAGCGUUGGCUUCAAAUAAUACAUUUGGUGGAUUUAAGAUUCAUCCCUCUUUCUAUUUUUUUUUUUUAUUUAUAUCUGCAUAAUAGUUGUUGAUCUCAGUUUGUCCCUAAAAAUGAGAUGCCAUAAUGUUUUUAUUCCUUUUGCUCAAUUUCACUUAAUGUAAUAAUUGUUUCAGAAAACAUAUGUGAGAAUAUAGUUAUAUUUAUUUUUUGUUCCUAUGAUAUGGUAUUUUUUUGAUCUGAUAUUUUAAUUUACAUGAAAUUUAUUAUUUGAAGCCAACUUGCUAUGGACUCUUAUAAGUAAACGGGUGUUUACUUUUUAUAGAGUUCAAAUAACAAUUGAUAACACACAAAAUAUUAUGCUAAUAUUUUUGCUUGUAGUUGUCUAUAAUUUUUGUAAUAAAAUUUAUUAAAGCA